AUGUCGGUAACUACGAUCCAAAUUAGCUUUCUUCUAUUGGCUAUGCUAGUGGUCCGUAAUUUGGCAGCACCAUCAAUUGAAGAAGUACACGAAAUUUAUCUUGGAACGUGUGAAAUAAGCUGUGGUGUCGUGAGCAAUAGUGCCGAAGGACAAGAAUGUCGUGACAAAUUCUGUCCGAAUUAUGUUAGUUAUCUAGUAACAGGUAUCGUUGAUCAAGAUGUAAAGCCUAGUCUUGCAUCCAGUCAUCACAAAGAAGUCUCGAAUUUCUGUGCCACAUGGCUUGUUCAUUUGAUCGAGCAAUUUGGUUGGAAUUAUCGUUUUCGACUGAAUAUGAAAGAGUGUACCUGUGCUGCUGGUAAAGAUUGUCUUGUUAAAUAA